AUGCGCUGGCAGUUCCCUGACACCUGUGUUUCUGCAGAAACACACUGCAGCGAGCCGGACGACAGAAGGUCAGAACUACGCUACCUCCAGCGCCUCUUCAUGGCCAACGGGUAUCCUCGCAACUUCAUCGAACGCGGUCGACAGGCCGGACCGAGCCGACGUUUGGUGACAGAACGACCAACAAUAUGGCGGGCGCUUCCAUACAUCGACGGCGUUUCUGAGGCCGUCUCGCGUCUCUUAAGACCGCUGGGGAUCGGCAUCGCCCACCGACCGGAGUCAACAAUUCGACAUCUGGUCAUGAGACCUAAGGCCCCUCUGCCACUAGGCGAAACCACGAACGUCAUCUACCGGAUCCGGUGUAACUCUUGCGAAGUCAACUACAUUGGGGAAACCGGCAAACGGCUACAGACCCGUGUUGGAGAACACAUGAGGGCAGUACGGCGAAUGGACCCUUUGUCUCUGGUGGCCGAACACUGCGCCGAUGCCGGACACACGUUCGCCUUUCAGCAUGCCGAAAUUCUGGGCCGGGGAAACGAUCGCAUAGCCAGGGAAACAAUCGAGGCUUGGCACACGGGGACAACCUCCAUCAACCGCUGUGUGACUCUUCCCGCUGCCUAUCAAGCCCUUCGAGCGCAGCUCAGUAAACAAAUGAGCAGACGUGCACCCAGGCUAAACAUGAAUCCAGACAUGAGCGAGCCCAUGGCGGAUACACACCCAGCCACCCCUCAACCGGGUUCCGACGAAGGCGCAGUCCUCACCACAGCCGGUCCAUCUACUAGUCCGGCGGACGAGAAAACGGACAGUCGCUGCGGCGUAAACAAGAUUGCCAGGCUUGGACGACAGCUACGGUCAAUGAAGGUACGAACGACGACCACCAACGUCUCAACGCCGGCUUCCGAUGUAGAUUGA